AUGGACCAAGGAUGUAAAAUGACGAGAGAAAUGAGACACAAAACGAGCACGAGCAAGCGUAAGAAGCGUAAGGAGGGGCCUCAUGCGGAAGAGUGGACGGGGCCAUGUGCAUCGGAUGGACAUGAAGGACGAGAAACGGAGAGAGGCAAGGCAAAGCCUGCGAGCCGAGAGCGCGACUGCGCGAGAGCCAUGGCGGACAGGAGCCAGACGGGCGAUCGAAUUACAAACCACGACGUUAAUGAAAGACACGCGGGAGGCACGGCCGGGGAGGGCGUCAAAGAACCGUGA